GAGAGAGAGAGAGAGAGAGAGAGUGAGAGUGAGAGAGAGAGAGAGAGAGAGGAUGCUGAAAUACUGAAGGCUGUGGCAGGAUCACAGUCAGCCCUACUAUCAGCGUUAAAGAUCCUGGAAAUGUGCAGGUUUAUCUGUCAUGGAUGCAAGUAUGAUACCAAAAUUCGCCUCCAAAGACGAGGAAAUUGACUUCUGGAAGACUCUUUCACUCAAGUACAAGAAAAGUUAUAAGGAGGCACAGGAGGAGUUGCUGGAGUUCCAAGAGGGGAGCAGAGAGCUGGAGACGGAGCUGGAGACACAACUGGGCCAAGCAGAGCAUCGCAUCAGAGACCUGCAGUCGGACAACGAGAGACUGCAGCAUGAGCUCGACUCACUCAAGGAGAAGCUAGAGUAUCAGUAUGCUCAGAGCUAUAAACAGAUCUCCGUGCUAGAGGACGACCUCAGCCAGACUCGAGGCAUCAAGGAGCAGCUGCAUAAAUAUGUCAGAGAGUUAGAGCAGGCCAAUGACGACCUGGAGAGAGCUAAGAGAGCCACGAUUACAUCUCUGGAGGACUUUGAGCAGAGGCUGAACCAGGCCAUCGAGAGGAACGCCUUUCUGGAGAGUGAACUGGAUGAGAAGGAGUCUCUCCUGGUGUCUGUGCAGAGACUAAAAGAUGAAGCCAGAGAUUUGCGGCAAGAGCUUGCGGUGCGAGAGAGGCCAGAGGUGACACGAAUGUCGGCCCCCAGCUCUCCGACUCCAGACAAUGACAAAACAGACUCAGCAGUCCAGGCCUCCCUGUCUCUGCCGGCUACACCACUCAGCAAGAACCUGGACAAUGCUUUCACCAGCCAGACAGCUCUGGCCAACAGCUCCACUAAUGCAGCCCUCACACCAUCUGCCAGAAUAUCAGCGCUCAAUAUUGUUGGAGAUUUACUGCGCAAAGUUGGGGCUUUAGAGUCCAAGCUCGCAGCCUGUCGAAAUUUUGCCAAGGACCAGGUAGCCAGGAAGAACUAUGUCACAAACGUCAAUGGAAAUCUGAUUAACGGAGACAUUUCAAAUUACUCUCACUCUCUCCACACAUCCUACUUCGACAAAGCCAGAAGAGAGAGGGUCAUUUUCCCGGCGUUGCUUCUGGCAGGACAGUGAACGGUUUGGACCCCGGUGCCGUGACGAACAUCACAGCUCCGCCGCGCUCCAACUCUCCAUCCAGCCUGGUGCUCAGCGUGUGACCCUCAAACACACACAAACUCCAUUACAACCACUAUACAGCAAUAUAACAAUUCACUACUGAGAUUACAGUGGGUUACAAUGCGGUUAGUAACUGUAGCAGCAUCUCAUACUAGUCUCUGCAUUGCAAUAUCCUACAUUUUACUGCUGAAGUACUUGUUAAUAGUUCUUAAAAUUGUAUAAACCCAUCUAAUAUAUUUAUGGUUACUGCUAAUUUAGGUAUAAGCAUAUAUGUACAUAUUUAAUUUAGUUUUCUCUGUUCUUUGCAAAUGUUUUGUCUUUUACCACAGUCCAAAAAUGUAUUUAUUGAUAUAGUGUUGGAUGGCAAUGUAUGUGAAAGCUAAAAACAAAGGGAAUUUAUGUUAUUAAUAUAUGUUGUGCAACACAUGCAGUGUUGGUGUAUGAGAAGGUAGACCCGAUAUUGUCUAUAUGAUAUAUGGUAUAUUGAAGGAAAAAAGAAGAUGAAGGGAGGAGAUUUGACUAUCUAGACUUACAUGUGCACUUAUAUGUCAUGGAAACUGGUUUCCAUUUUUAUCCCCAAUUUUUUGUAUUUGUUCACAAGGUCAUUUUAUUUGGGUAAGUGCUAGUGUGUGCCUCAGAUGGGUAAACUUCCCCUGAAAUGUGGCCAAGUGUGAAACGUAUUUGGAGUUGCACAUGAAAGGUUUGUUUGGGCUCCAGCAGGUUUGCAUUUUAAACACUGGUUUGGUUAUAUUGACAAUCAACUGCUGUAGUAAUACUGUAUGACACAUUUGCUACUGAGUCUCAGGCUGGUUUACCAGCCUUAUAGUAUUUGUUGGAAUAUCCAUACCUUAUUUUUCUCCUUGCUGUGAAUUACAAAUCUUAUUAAUUUUGGUUAGUGCAAUGUGUUCCAAAAGCACUUUUUGUUACUUUCGCGUGCUCAAAUAAAUGGUAGUGUUCUCA